GACGCGCAGAUAGACAGCAGCGCUCGCAAAGCAGGAUCUCUCCACAGCUCUCUGGUCUGCACAGAACCCCACACACUUUUCACUGCACCCAGUCUUCCCAGGACAAAGCUCGUUUCUUUUCCCUCUCCACGUUUACCAUUCGAGGCAACAGAGGGAAUGCAACGCGCCGGAAAGAAUCCCAACCACUGGAGACGAUUAUGGAUGAACAAUAUCAGUUUAUGCAGUUACAGCACUUUAUAUUUAUUGCUUUUUAGUCUGGAACUAAAGAGCACCGUGUCAGCGGACUCAGACACGUUUACUUUUUUCCAUGAUGGCGCCCGGGGCUGUCUGGGCGUGCGGGACAGUGUCCUCUACAUGUCCACCAGCUGCGAGGGCGAUGGCCAGCUCUGGAAGUGGGUGUCCCGGAGCCGCCUCUUCAACCUGGGCUCGUCCCUGUGCCUGGGCCUCACGGUGGGCAACUACAGCCGUGGGUCCAGCGGUGAGCGCACGCCGCUGGGUGUCUACACGUGUGACCGGGAGCCGCCACGGGUGCGCUGGACCUGGUACUGUGCUCAGGUGCUGGAGAGCCUGGACACCUACCUGCCCGCCUCCGCGCUGCUUGGCAACGGCUCGACCACUGCUGCCGUCACCGGGUCCUGGAGACUCUACGGCGACGACCAAGACCUCUGCUCCUGGCGCGCCCAAGAGAUCUACACCAUUCAGGGCAAUUCUCAUGGCCGGCCAUGCUUCCUGCCCUUCCUGUACGAUGGCCAGUGGUUCCACAGCUGCACCAGCGUGGGUCGGGAGGACGGUCACCUGUGGUGUGCCACCACCUUCGACUAUGGCAAGGACGAGCGCUGGGGCUUCUGCCCCGUCAAGAGUCAUGACUGCGAGACGUUCUGGGACACAGACUCGCUGGGGAACGGACUCAACUGCUACCAGUUCAACUUUCACGCCACGCUGUCCUGGAGCGAGGCCCGCAUCAGCUGCCAACAGCAGGGAGCCGACCUGCUCAGCAUCACCAAGGUGGAGGAGCAGGGCUACAUCAACGGUCUGCUAAGUGGCUAUAGUGCCUCCCUGUGGAUGGGGCUGAAUGACCUGGACCUGAAUGGAGGCUGGCAGUGGGCUGACUCCGCCCCUCUGAAGUACCUCAACUGGGAGCCAGACCAGCCCAACAUGCAGACUGAGGACGACGUGGAGAACUGUGCUGUGAUCCGCACGGAGACGUCCGGACGCUGGCAGAACCGUGACUGUACCAUUGCUCUGCCAUAUGUGUGCAAGAAGAGACCAAACGCCACUCUGGACCCCUUCACCACGGACUCCUGGUCAGACGAUGAGGAGUAUACGUGUGAGCUGGGCUGGCAGUCCUUCCAGGCGGGCUGCUACAGGAUCAACCGAGACAAGCAGGACUGGCACACGGCUCAGACCACCUGCCAGAAGAUGGAGGCCAACCUGGUCAGCAUCCACACACUCCCAGAGCUGGAGUUUAUCGUCAACAUAAGGAAAGAAGUGGACGAGCUCUGGCUUGGCCUCCAUGACCAGGGUAUGCAGAUGAACUUCGAGUGGACGGACCGCACACCGGUCAUCUUCACCUACUGGCAUCCGUUUGAACCCAACAACUUCCACAACACCCCUGAGGACUGCGUCACCCUCUGGGGCCCUGAGGGCCGCUGGGAUGAUAGUCCCUGUAAUCACACCUGGCCCUUCAUCUGUAAGAAACCUGGACAUAAGGUGGAGGACAAGAAGAAGGACCACGGCUGCAAACAGGGCUGGCACUGGCACAGUCCUGCAUGUUUUUGGGUGGGAGAGCUGCAGGUCUCCUUUGAUGAGGCUAAGAAAACAUGUGCCAGCAAUGAAGCCACACUGGUGACCAUUAGCAACAGGUUUGAGCAGGCGUUUGUGAACAGCCUGAUUUUUGGCCGCUCUGGAGACUUCUUCUGGAUGGAUCUGCAAGACCAGGAUCACACUGGUGCCUAUCACUGGGAGGUGGGAGAGACAGUCUCCUACACCAACUGGAACAGAGACCAGCCCUCUCGAAAGGGAGGCUGCGUCGCCAUGGCAACGGGUCAUGCCACAGGACUAUGGGAAGUGAAGGAUUGUGGGACAACAAAGGCGAAGUUCAUGUGCCGUCAGAAUAAAAGCCUCUUUCCCAGCCCUGUGCCCCCUGCCCCCCACCCCACCCCCAGUCUGACUGGCAGCUGCCCCAGUGGAUGGAAAUCCUCCAACACACUGCCCCACUGCUACAAGGUGUUUCACUCAGGUGAUGUGGAUAAGCGGUUGACAUGGCAACAGGCUCACGCAUACUGCUCCAACCAUGGAGCACACCUACUGAGCGUGAGCGGCCCGGGGGAGGAGUCCUAUAUUGAGCAGAUCCUGCAUGAGACUUUCGGUGAGUCUGAGGACCACGAGCAGUACUGGUUCUGGAUCGGUCUUCACCGGCAGAACCCUCUGGACAAUGAAAGCUGGAAGUGGAGCGACAGAACCCCUUACACAUAUCAGAACUUUGCACGCUAUUACUCUCCCAUGCGCAAGUGCGUUGCCGUGGAUCUAGGCACCAAGCACUGGAUGCCAAUGCACUGUGAGUCAGAGCUGGACUGGAUCUGCAAAAUACCCAAAGGAGUGAAGGAGAAAAUUCCAGAGGCAACUGAAGACUCGGGGCUGGACUGGGUGCCGUUCGAGGAGGCCGAGUACCGGUUCUCGCAGCACCGCUCCAGCUGGGAACAGGCCCAGAGGAUCUGCUCCUGGUCCGAGGCCUCGCUGGCCUCCGUGCACUCGGCCACUGAGGACCAGUUCCUCAGGAACAUCCUGCGCAAGCAGUUGAAGGACAGUGAGAACUGGUGGCUGGGUCUGUACACGUACGAGAGCGACGGGCGGUUUCGCUGGUCAGACCACUCGGUGCUCAACUACGUCUCCUGGGACACAGGGCGCCCCUUUGCCAUAAGCCGAGACAGGAAAUGUGUUUACAUGACAGCCACUGAAGGCGAAUGGGCAGAUCAUAAGUGCCACUCUUACUACUACUACAUCUGUAAGAGAGUGAAAGUGACAGGCACUGUGCCCCCAACCCCAGCCCUUCCCCCUCAGUCUGCAGGCUGCCAGGAUGGAUGGAGCCCCUUCCUGCACAAGUGUUACAAGGUGUUUGGGCACGACGAGUCUAGACGCGCCACCUGGUCUGCUGCCAGCUCCAUUUGCCAGUCUCAGGGGGCCAAGCUGGCAACUGUGCCCAGCCAUGUGGAGCAAGCCUUCUUGAUCACCAUGCUGCCCAACACCAGCUUCCACCUGUGGCUGGGCCUGAACUCCGACCCCAAGUCCCAGUUCCGCUGGGAGGAGCCAGGCCUGCUCAGCUACACUAACUGGGCCCCGGGGGAGCCCAAAGACAACAGCGGCACACAGACAAACAAGAGCCCGGGCAACUGUGUGGUGAUGCAGCAUGGCAGCCCUGCGCGUACCAUCGGCAUGUGGGCCUCACGCGGCUGUGAGACGGAGAAGCACGGUUUCGUCUGCAUGAAGGGCAAAGACUCAGCCAUCCCUGCGGGCGUGGAUGCCCUCCCGCCGUCCGUCUCGGCUCCUCUGGCGUUCGACGGCGUGUCGUACCGACUGCUGCAGAAGCGGCUGGACUGGGAGGGGGCGCUGCAGGUGUGCCAGUCACUCAACGGGACGCUGGCCACCGUGCACAACCCCCGCCAGCAGGCCUACCUCACACUGCUGCUGCGCAGCCUCCGCAAGCCCGUCUGGAUCGGCCUACAGAACGACAUGGAAAGGGUGUUCUCCUGGCUGGGCGAGGAGGAGCUGACCUACACGGCCUGGAAGGACGGCGAGCCCAAUCACAUGGUGGGCUGUGGUCACAUGGCUACCAAUGGCCUGUGGACCGUCUCACGCUGCGAAGCCAAACUCAACAACACCCUCUGUGAGAUUAACCCAGAGAGGACCAUUGAUCACAGGUGGACAUAUGCGGGUCACUGCCCGCAGGCAGUGGACGGCUGGGCCUGGGUGACCUUCAGGAAUAACUGCUACGCCUUUAACCUGGACCAGCUCAAACUGCAGCAUGAGGCCAGGCGCAUCUGCAGCCAAGCCGGAGCGGAGCUGCUGUCAGUGCUGGAUGAGAGCGAGAGCAGCUUUAUCUGGGAGCACAUGCAGGGCUACCAGGAGCAGGCCCACGGAGCAUGGCUCGGCCUCAGCUUCAACUCACAAGAUGGCACUCUGCAGUGGUCGGAGGACGUGUCUCUGGGCUACACCAACUGGGAGCUGCAGGAUGCCAACCUGGGCAUGCUGUCCCCCAGCACCUGCUUCUGGGUGGAGAGCAACACGGGUCUGUGGAAACCCAGCCCCUGCAAGAACCACACGCACGGCGUCAUCUGCAAACGCCCACGCGGUAUUAAUGUGUCUCCUUCAAUCGCUGAAGUGGACCAUCUCCCUACGCUGCUGCUGGUCCUGGUGGCUCUGCUGGUGCUGGUGGCUCUGGUGUUGGCCGGGGUCUUCCUGUACCGCCGGCGGGCAGUUGGCGCCGGGGGCUCUUACGAGGGCGCGCGCUACAGCCGCACCAACUCCACGCCCUCCGAGCAGCAGGAGAAGAACAUCCUGGUCUCAGACAUGGAGCUGAACGAGCAGCCGGAAUAAUCUGGAGAAAACUGGCCCGAGGAGCACGCACACGCUGAGACAAGCCUAGACAGGGACUGAAAGACAGGAUUUCACAUUCCCUAUUGUACAUUUGCAUUUUGUUUGUGUGUUUGUUUGUUUGUUUUUGUUUGUGUGUUUGUGUGUUUUGAAGAUAAGUGAGAGGGCUGUGUGGAGCACAGCGGAUGUCGAUCGGAAGCGAACAGACUUGAAAACCCCUGCCUCACCACCGCAUCCCUCGUGACCAUGAGAGGACACAGCCCUUUUGUUUUUCAGUCACUCUCAGCUCAACCAGUUGCAUUGUAUUGUUUAUCAUACAUCCCAGCUGUCCCAAAUGACAAACACCUUUUUUGAGAUCUUCACUCAUCGGACAUCCUCUUCAAAACUAUUUUUGCACUUCAUUUUCAUACGAGUGUUUUGUUUUUCAUACAUUCCUGCAUUUCUUUCACAGCAACAGUGCCAAAGACUGAGAACUGACCACAAACCACCAACAGCAUAUUAAUCUCACAUCAUGCCAGCUUUAUUUCAGUCAAAUGCAUACACACACACGAACACACACACACCACCAGCACACUCACACUGCUCUGUAGUGCCUUUCCUCACUCUGUGCCAGAGUGUUUACUGCCGUAUCAGUAUUCUCGUUUGUGUCCCCGUCAGCAUGUUUGUAUUUUGUUACGAUGUUUUGUUGUGAGGAGGCGCAUCUUUUGAGAUGGAGGGCUGCUCUGCCUCACAAUCCAUGCAGUGUGUGUGUGACCCUGUUUUACUUAACCCUCUCCUUCCAACACCACCUCCCCUCCCUCACACACACACACACACUUUCACACACACACACACACACACUCAGACACUGUCACACACACACACACACACAAACACACAAACUCAGACACACACAUACUCACACAUUGUUCAAAACAGCCCUCUAUUCAUCUCUUUCCUUCCAACUUCUUCCAACAUCUUGUUUCUGUCCACUCACUGAUUCCCAAAGCACACAAGUCCAGUCUGGCUGUAGCAACCGGCUGAGAUACAUGCUAAUAGGGAGGAGGACAGCACAACAGAGCCACAUAGCCUGCUAUGAGGCAACCCUAUCAAAGAGCAGCAAGUGAAACCUCUCUCUCACACACACACAAACACAUACACAUACACUGUAGCAAGGUUUCAUUCAUUAAUUCACAAACACACACAC